ACCGCGGCCGGCCGGCACGCACCACGCAGACUGGCCCGAGCUCCGAUCUCGCCGUGUGUACAAUUCGAUUGUUUAUAUGCUGUGUGGAGUGACAUGAGUGUUGUGAUCGUUCUGAGACGUGUGCGUGUUGACUCUAUGCCGUAUGUCGGGCGAGGUGAGUGAAGGUUAUCGCGAGGAUAUCGGGUCCGCUUCGCGACGUGACAUUCGUACGCUUGCUCCUUCGUGUACCAUCAUCGAUGUCGAGCAGAUUCGCCUCGUAACACCCGAGUUCUUGUCUAUGACGAUAGAAACGGUGAAACGCUCGAACGGAACAGCGAUCUACUUUCUCUCUCUCUCACUCACUCACUCACUCACUCACUCACUCACUCACUCUUUGCGGAAGUGUCGUGAAGUUGGCGGGCGAGCUUCUCUCGCCGCAACGUUCAUACGAUUCGUACACGUAUCCCUUCACGUGACGUCAUUGAUCUCGGUAAAGCUCUUUUUGCACGUACGAGUUUUCGUGAGUAACUGCAAUGAGAUAAAUGUUUGGACAACACAACGAGAUCGAUCUUAGACGUACGCGUUUUUCUUCUUGCGAGACGGCAUAAAGGUAAUCCCGCGGAUCAUCGCGAACUCCAUUCGGCCAAUGUAUCAUGCGUUCGGACAACGGAUACUCGUACUAUCAUCGCUGUCGAGCGAAUUCUGUUUGUAUCUACGUGUAGCUACUUUCGUUUUGAUAUGAUGCAUUAAAGUCCGUUUCGAUUAACGCCGGGAGUGACACCGUCAACAAAGUGUCGCGAUCGUAAUUAAUCUCUCAUUCGCGAGUGUGUAUUGUGCAUCGACGGGAUUGGUGAGGAACCAGGGGCUCGGGGGAAGCAUCAAGCAACGGUGGAACAACUCGCUGGAUUAAUGUAGCUGUGUUACAACUCUGCUGCUGCACAUCGGUUCGGAUUAGGAUAGAUGCUGAAUCUGUAUCGUGCUGCCAGAAAUAUAUACAGCGAAACGUGACAGUCGACAGUUGAGAAGGUAUUCUUCGUUCAUUGCCACUGCCGUUAUGCGAACUCUGCAGCCAUGAACGGGACGUUCUUGAGUAUGAGACCCGCGCGACGGACCAAGUUAUUUCCCACACGAACAAUGACGAGUCUGUUGACGUUGUUGGUGCUCGCGACAACGUUCUCGAAUGUAUUACCAGAAUCUGCGAUAAAUCCAAUGGGUACUAUCGUCGGAGCAGGAUCAGGCGUCUCCUCCUCGUCUGGCAGCUCCUCAUCCUCGUCGUCAUCGGUGAUUGGCGUGGUAUCGGACAGUUCCAGUCCUAACGGUAACGGGGUUGGUGGUGUCGGAAACGGUAACGGGGUCGGUAGCAUCGGCGGUAGUGUCGGUGGUGGCCAUUCCGGUAUAAAUGGAGGUGGCGGACACUCCGGCCUCGGAAGCAACAACGGGAAAGGCCGAUGCGAAGAGAUCACGAUACCCAUGUGUCGCGGUAUCGGUUACAAUCUCACCGCCAUGCCGAAUGAAUUGAAUCACGACACGCAGGACGAGGCCGGCUUGGAGGUGCACCAGUUCUGGCCGUUGGUAGAAAUAAAAUGUUCAUCGGAUCUCAAGUUCUUCUUGUGCUCCAUGUACGCACCUAUUUGUCUACCGGAGUACACGAAACCAUUGCCAGCGUGUCGCACCGUGUGCGAGCGAGCGCGAACGGGUUGCGCGCCCUUGAUGCAACAGUACGGCUUUUCGUGGCCGGAAAGAAUGGCGUGCGAACGUCUGCCGUAUCACGGCGAUCCAGAGAAUCUGUGCAUGGAACAGGAUAAUCACACCAGCACUAGUACAGGCCCUGGUGGUAACGGUGGUGCAGCGAGCAGCGGUCUCCCGGGACCACCGGGCCCGCCAGCGCGGCCCACGCGACCCAGCAAAACCUCACAGCCGGCCCGUUGCAAGCCGGGCAAGAAUCAAAAAAACUGCCAACACCCCUCGGGGGAGAGGACGAGAGACUGCGUGUGCAGCUGCAGAAAGCCUCUCGUGCCCCUGGGGGCGGGUGGUACGGGGAUAACAGGGCCGAUAAGCAGCGUCAGCGGCAGCGUCAUCGGGACCGGCAGCACCGGGGCCAACACGGGAGCUGGUCUGGCCGGCAUGGCCGUAAGUGGAAUAAUGCCGGCGCCAGCACCACCAUCGAUGGGAGGUAUCGGCCGAAGCAUCAUUCAGGAGAUCGCAGGGGUGCCGGAUUGUGCCCUGCCAUGCCACGGGGCGUUUCUCACCCACGAAGAGCGCGAGUUCGCGGCCGUCUGGCUGGCCCUUUGGAGCGGUCUAUGCGCGGCCAGCACUCUCGUGACCGUCAUCACGUUCUUGAUCGACACCCAGCGUUUCAAGUAUCCUGAGCGACCGAUCGUCUUCCUGUCGGCCUGCUACUUCGUCGUAUCCCUGGGAUAUUUGUCGCGCAGCGUACUUGGUCAUGAAGAAAUCGCCUGCGACGGUCCAGCUUUGAAAUCGGGCACGCAGGGUACGAGCACCUGUGUCAUCGUUUUCCUCCUGAUUUACUUCUUUGGCAUGGCUUCCUCCGUGUGGUGGGUUAUCCUAGCGUUUACAUGGUUCCUCGCGGCGGGUUUGAAGUGGGGCAACGAAGCUAUUGCAUCGUACUCUCAAUAUUUCCAUCUGGUGGCGUGGCUGGCCCCGACUGUACAAACAGUUUGGGCGUAUAUCGCCGGUGGCGUCGCCGGUGAUCCCGUAGCAGGAGUUUGCACAGUUGCUCCCGAGGGAGUACGCAAUUUUAUCCUGGCGCCUCUGUUUGUUUACCUUUUGCUGGGCACGACCUUUCUUCUGGCUGGUUUCGUGAGUCUUUUCCGAAUUCGAUCGGUGAUUAAGCGCCAGCCCGGUGCUAAAGCAGAUAAAUUGGAAAAGCUGAUGAUACGGAUUGGCGUGUUCAGCGUCCUUUAUACGUUACCAGCCGGCGUGGUGUUGGCUUGUCAUAUCUACGAAUCGUCUCUGCGAGAUGAGUGGAUCAGCUCGCUGGCGUGCCCCUGCCGUCCACGGGCAAGACCGCUCUACUCGAUCCUAAUGCUGAAGUACUUCAUGGCUCUCGCGGUCGGCAUCACCUCGGGAGUUUGGAUUUGGAGUGGCAAGACGGUUGAUUCCUGGAAACGGUUAUGGAGGCGUUUAUUCGGCGGCGAUCGCGGUCACAUGAGUGCCGGUGCCGGGAUGGUAGCCGGCGUAACCGGUGUUGGCGGCGGGAUCGGCGGAGUUGGCAUCAAGGGCGUAAUGGGUCGAGGAAUCGCGAUGCCUUACCCAUCGGCACCGGGUCCGGGCAGCGCCUUGUUACCCCCUGGGAGCGUCGCCAGUGCGUCUCAACAUCACCUGCAUCAUCAUGUACUCAAGCAACCACCGCUUUCGCACGUAUGACGUCACCAGUCUGCGGGGGGCGAUAUGAACACCGCUGGAUGCGUCGAUCAGUCACAGCAGCAAGAGAGGCCUUCCGCCCUCAGCAAUUACGGGCCCAUCUAGCCCUUCGCCUCGGCCUCGCGCAGGCAUAACGCGACGCCGCACACGACGCCACAUACGGCGCCGCACACGCCCCAUUCAGCGGCGACCAUCUACUCCAGAAGGUCGCUCGCGUCCACGACGGGGCCGCUAACGCCAGCGCACGGUAUCGCGCCUUCCUACACACAGGCUACCGAAGUUUGAAAGGAAUUACGUGAUGAAGGCACACAUGGAAAUUUGAACGAGUCAGCGACCCAACCCGUGUUGGUGUCGUCGGACGUAGCCUCUGCGCGCGAUGGACGAUGGAGCGGCCGCGGU